AUGAGCACUUCUAGUACUUUACAGACUCCAAGCACAUCAGUCACUGGUGGCUCGGAGUUUGAUGAUAUUGCGGUUAUCGGCCUUGCAUGUCGCUUUCCGGGUGGUGCAUCUGAUGCUGAGAAAUUCUGGGAGCUGCUUUACAACAAAAGAUCUGCCUUUUGCAGAGCUCCCCAUACACGUUACAAUGUCGACGCAUUCCAUAACUCAUCCAGAAACAGACUCAAUACCCUAAGCGCACUAGGCGGUCACUUUCUCGAAGAAGAUGUUGCCGCUUUUGAUGCGCCUUUCUUUAAUAUUACCGCAGAGGAAGCUAAAGCCAUGGACCCGACAGCUAGAAUGUUGCUUGAGGUAACUUACGAAGCACUAGAAAACGCCGGUCUUCCCAUAGAGAAUUUGACUGGGAGUGACACCAGUUGCUAUGUUGGCUGCUUUACCAGGGAUUAUCAUGAAAUGCUGAUGCGAGAUGCCGAAACCUCGCCCAUGUAUGCUGGCACAGGAACAGGAUUUUCACUGCUGUCAAACCGAGUAUCAUGGUUUUAUGAUCUUCGUGGUCCUAGUAUGACCUUGGAUACGGCCUGUUCAUCCAGUUUGGUUGGCAUGCACCUCGCUUGCCAGGGUCUUCGCAGCAAGGAGUCGAGAAUUGCCGUUGUUUGCGGCGCCAAUUUGAUUCUGAGCCCAGACCUGGGCAUGUGGUUAUCGAAUUUAAAAAUGACUUCCAUUGAUGGUCUUUCUCGGUCCUUUGCAGAUGGUGUUACCGGUUAUGGGCGCGGAGAAGGCAUUGCUACUGUGAUUCUAAAACCUCUAGCAGAUGCCUUGAAAGAUGGUGAUGCUAUCCGGGCCGUGAUUAGGGGAACUGGCGUAAAUCAGGAUGGACACACCACCGGUAUUACACUGCCGAAUAGUGAAGCGCAGGCGGAUCUCAUUAGAGCGACAUAUCGUGCUGCGGGGCUGGAUUUUUCACAGACAUCUUAUUUUGAAGCUCAUGGCACGGGAACAGAGGCGGGAGAUCCUCUAGAACUUGGAGCAGUGGCUCGCACAAUAAGCCAGACUCGCAGAUCUGAAGAUAAGCUAUACGUUGGCUCGGUCAAAUCAAACAUUGGGCAUCUUGAAGGCGCAGCAGGCCUAGCCGGUGUAAUCAAAUGUAUCUUGAUGCUCGAAAAAGGCGCAAUCCUACCCAACAUUCACUUUGACCGGCCGAGCAAGCGUAUACCAUUUGACUCGUGGAACAUCCAAGUACCAACUGAUAUCGUCCCUUGGCCCCAGAAUCGCCUGAAGCGAGCCAGUGUCAAUUCGUUCGGUUAUGGAGGGACCAACGCACAUACUAUCUUAGAUGAUGCGGAACAGUUUCUUUCUGGGUACCAGGAUUGGCAACUAGUUGAAAGACAAGUUGCGGCCGAUGAAAGAGAAAGGCUUUUUGUCUUUAGUGCGCCAGACGAGUCGGCUUUGCGUCGUAUGAUUCAGAGGUUCGACGAUUAUCUCUCGAUCAAGACAUCCAUUGCAGAGCUGCAGAAUGCCCCCGAGAGAAAUAUAUUUCUUGACAAGCUCUCGUUUACAUUAAGUAAUAGACGGUCAAGGUUCAGCUGGAAGGCCUCAGCCACGGCUACAACUAUUCCAGAGCUUCAAGAAGCUUUAUCGAUCACGAAUUCAGCACUUAUAAAACGCACGCCAGAUAGCGCCCGUCUCGCAUUUGUGUUCACCGGUCAAGGAGCACAGUGGGCAAAGAUGGGAAUGGAAUUGAUGUCUUAUACAGUCUUCAGUGAUAGCGUUCAUGAGGCAGACAACUAUCUCCGAACUCAUCUAGGCAGUGAGUGGUCUGUUAUAACAGAGCUUCAAAGAGACAAGGAGGACUCCAACGUUCAUCUAGCCAAAAUCAGUCAGCCAGUCUGUACAGUGCUCCAGAUCGCUCUUGUAGAGCUACUCAAGUCAUGGAACAUUCAGCCAUCUGGAGUUGUAGGGCACUCCAGUGGUGAAAUCGCUGCUGCAUAUUGCUAUGGUGCCUUGAGCCGAGAAGAUGCCUGGUCUGUAGCGUACUGGCGGGGUAAGAUAUGCUCUGAACUCAACAAGGACGCACCGCAUCUUAAAGGAGCUAUGAUGGCCGUUGGGCUGUCAAGUGAGGUAGCGGAAGAGUACAUUGGAAAAGUCAAAGGGAAGAUUGUGGUGGCAUGUAUCAAUUCUCCUUCCUCUGUGACAAUUUCUGGAGACGAAAGUGGAAUCGACGAACUCCAGAAACUACUUUCUACAGAUGCAGUAUUCUGCCGAAAGCUAGUCGUGGAGAAUGCCUAUCAUUCUCACCAUAUGGAGCUUAUUGCGGAGAAAUAUCUUCAAAAGAUCUCGACCAUCUCUACGUCCGAAGCGGCCACCAAGGACAACGAAGUGAAAAUGGCAUCAAGCGUAACCGGGGAGUUGAUCAGAAGUGCUGCAGAACUUGGCCCAGCCUACUGGGUGAAGAACUUCGUAUCUCCGGUCCGGUUUGCUGAGGCCGUAGCAGUCAUACUCAAGGAUUCGAAUACUCGCAGACGUCGUCGGGCUAGAGCGGGCGAGUCUGCUUUUGACUUGUUACUUGAAGUGGGACCUCAUGGCGCUCUAAAAGGGCCCCUUCGCCAGAUCCUACGGCAUCAUGACAUUUCAACCGUGACAUACACAUCCCUUCUCAACCGGGGCGAGAAAGCAACCAAGUCUACGCUCUAUGCUACAGGAGAGCUGUACAUUCACGGAGUUCCAGUGUCUAUCUCAGCGGUGAAUAAGCAAGCAUCACAGACUCCACCACCAACGCCCUUGGUUGAUCUACCAACUUACGCCUGGAAUCAUUCUCUACGGUACUGGGCAGAAUCACGUCUGAGUAAAAGCUAUCGUUUCCGAAAAUACCCACGGCAUGAUCUUCUAGGAGCUCCCGUGGCGGAUUUCAAUGAUAGGGAGCCACGAUGGAGGAACAUUCUUCGGGCUAAUGAGCAGCCAUGGGUGAGAGAUCAUGUGGUGUAUUCCAGUAUUCUAUAUCCUGGCUCGGGUAUGAUUACGAUGGUUCUAGAAGCUGUUCGGCAACUUGCCCAAGAACGCCAGGGCAAAGGCAUUGAGAGUAUCAAGCUGGAAAAUGUACGCAUCGGCAAGGCGAUUGUUAUACCCGAUGACCAGACAGGAGUGGAGACUCUACUCCAACUUCGCAGUCAAGAAAGCGAACUGAGCAGUCACGCGUCAUAUGAAGCGUGGGACUUUACAGUAUCGAGCUGUCAUGAAGAUUCAAAGCUCGAGGAAAACAGUUCUGGCACGGUAACUGUUCGUUAUAGUGGCAACUCUCAAGGGGUUAUCUCCCAAAACACUGGAAAGAGUCUAAUCAGCCAAGUAGCAAGACAGGAGUACAAUACUGCCAAACUGAGCUGUACUCAAAGCAUCAAUCCUGUGGACUUUUAUGAUGCCACUCAAGCCGCUGGCCUCAAAUACGGCCCUUCAUUCCAAGGCCUGACUGAGAUUACUGCUGGGUCCGAUCGCUCUGUGGGUAUAAUCAAGAUUCCAGACUGGAGGAAGUAUCACAACGUUCAAGGAAGUUCUCAUCUGAUCCAUCCUACUACACUGGAUAUCAUAUUCCAUUCAAUGUUCGCCGCCAUCGUGGAGAAGAGUAACAAAGGUGAAGGCAAAGUCGACUUCAAAACAGCAGCCGUCCCUAUUGCCUUUGACAGUUUGAUUUUUUACUUGGAUAACUUCCCUCCAUCCUCUCCUUCACUCGAUAAAAGUGCACAAUUUAGUACUUGCUGUCGCGUCAUUCGAAAUGCGGAUCAGCGAGACCUCGUUGCUGAUAUUUACGUCUCGGAUCUCGCAUGGCAAGAGCCAAAGAUUGUUGUUCAAGGAAUUCGGUGCAGAGAGUUGCCUGGAAAAGAUGCCGGUACUUCAAAGGGCCAAGUCAAGGCUCCUCUUGGUACAUUGAAGUGGAAGCCGGAUAUUGAUUUCAUGGGUGAAGUCCCUGUGAGACAGUAUAUCGCCAAGUUUUUGUCAACCAGGGAAGAUUUGCCUCGGAAUUAUUUAGAGAAUGACUCUUCUGUAGAGAAGUGGGAGAAGGAGGUUUCAGCGAUCGCAGACCUUGCAGCACAUAAAAACCCGUACUUGUCGAUUCUUCAAGUCGGUAAAUCAGAUUCCCUCACACGCUCAGUAUUUUCAGCUCUAUCAGCGCACGAUCCUUCAAAUCCUUCUUUAGCGAAUUACAUCAUUAUAGAUGGAGAUUCUGAGGCCAUUGCACAUUCUCAAUCGACUUUUCAAAAUUCAAGUGAUCUGAUAACAUUUUAUACAGGUGAUAUUGAGUCAGGACGACAGAGUGGAAACCUGAAAGAUGAUGCCUUUGAUUUGGUCAUUGCGGUUAGCGACCUCAGCUCUGCCGACGAGAUAGACCAUGCCAUGGAAUGUCUUCAUGACAGAGGAAGUCUUGUCUUGAAUGAGACAAAUCAGGAGAAAGCUUCAGGUUUCCUUUCCAUCAACCAUGUCAAGUCUCUUCCUAACACCUCCAUCUUGAACUGUUUCUCGGACGCGAACCAUUAUCUAGCACGGAAGCUUGGUCCAACAUAUUCCUUCGAAGAUAAUGCAAUUUUUAUCAUUGAGCCAAAGGACAGAACAACAGAAGUCCUCGAAGUGUCGCACCUACUCUCGACCAAAUUGACUAACCAUGGCCUUCAGGUCAAGACCGUACAAUGGUCCUCAGCGAACAUGUCUGAUUUCCAUGGAAAAUAUCUCAUCUCAUUGCUUGAACUUGAGACCUCUUUUCUCUCUAAUAUUUCAGAAGAUGAUUACCUGAUUUUGAAGACAAUAGCGCUGAACAGUUCCCGCCUCCUUUGGGUUUCUAGGGGCACAGACCCUGCCAUGCAGGCUCCAGUGGGAUAUCUUCGCACCCUCCAAAAUGAGAAUGUGAAUCUUGAUCUCAGAUACUUGCUUCUAGAGGGACGUGCGAAUCGUUUAGCGGAUGAAAUUGCCUCGACAUUGGCUGAAUUGGCCCUUGCGCCUACGACGGACAGAGAGUAUAUGGAGAUUGAUGGCAAUCUUUGUAUCAAUCGAUGGCUUGUGGACAAGCGACUGAAGCAUUUUAUGACGAGUAGUGGUGAACAACAUGGUGGCUCCACAGAGUUAGUGGCACUUCGAGAGAUUGGCAUUUCAACGCUUAAGCUGCACCAUAUCUCCGAUAAGGAGAGCAAGUUGGUCUGGUUCACCGUGGAUCAUGAAAGUCAGCAAAGAGAGCUAUCCGCGGACGAGGUAGAGGUGCAUGUAAAGGCCGUUGGACUGAAAAGCUUUCUUCAAAGCCAUGAUGAUACUGUAAACUCCAACAUCAAGUCGGUCAAAGAGUUCAGUGGUAUUGUUACCAACGUUGGGAAUUCAUGUUCUAGGCUAAAAGACGGCGACCGGGUGUGGACAUGUGCUUUAACAGACUCUUAUAAGAUAUCGUUCAGAGUCAAAGAAUCCCUCUGUCAGGUCAUUCCCAAUAGUGUGUCUUUUGAAGAUGCCGCAUCUUGGGCAGUCACUCAUAGUACCGCCUAUCAGACUGUGGUACAGAUGGCCAAGAUACAGCCAGGUCAUAGGAUCUUGAUCCAGUCUGCUGCAAACGGUAUUGGGCAGAUUACAAUCCAGAUAGCUCUUCGUCGAGGAGCACAAGUCUAUGCUACUGUGAAUUCAAAGGAGCAGAGUGAUGUUGUGAAAAGCAUGGGCGUACCUCGAGAGAACAUUCUGGGGGACAAUGACCUGGAUCUUGCCGCUGCGAUAUCUCAACUUACUCAUGGAAAGGGUUUAGAUGUGAUCAUCAACCAAACCUCAACAAGGAAAUCUAUACAGCAGCUAUGGAAUUCAGUUGCUGCAUUCGGUAUGUUAAUUGAUAUUAGCAAUCCUGAGACAACACCUGAUGAACAACCUGCUUUGGCCAUGACUCCUUUCCACCGUGGUGCUUCCUACCGAUUAUUCAACUUGGCAAAACUCUUCGAGGAAAAUCCAUCUUCGAUGGAAAUUAUUUUACAGGAUGUUCUCCAAUUCGGCCCACACCGCCAGAACAUACAGAGACCGACACCUUGGAAAGUGUUUUCUGCCACCACCGUGGAUGAAGCCUUUGACUGGACAUCAAGCCAUGGACAUGAAGGGAAGGGGAUUCUGACGUUCGGUCCUGACGACAGCAUUUUCGUAGACCGCCGAGCUCUAAAUCCACUUACACUUGACUCCAACUAUACAUACCUCCUAGCUGGAGGACUAGGAGGCCUAGGAAAAAGUCUCGCAAAACUGCUUGCACAAAAUGGUGCCCGCCAUCUCGCUUUUGUCUCGCGAUCAGGUCCAGCGUCCAAGAAUGCUGUCUCGUUGACCCAGGAACUGGCAGCCAUGGGAGUCAAAUCAGCCAUCUACGCCGGUAACAUCUCCGACCAAAGCGCCGUGGCGGAUAUACUUGUUCAAUGUGCCGCUGAAAUGCCACCGAUACGCGGUGUCAUUCAGAGCGCUGCUGUCCUUGAAGACUUCAUUUACGACAAUAUGACAUACAAGCAAUGGGUAGACGCAACACGACCCAAGAUUCAAGGAUCAUGGCUUCUGCACCAUCUUCUUUUGGAAGCCAAGAACGAUUUGCAGUUCUUCGUGAUGCUAAGUUCUAUUGCUGGAGUGGUCGGAAAUCGUAGUCAGGCAAAUUACGCAGCCGGUAACACGUACCAGGAUGCAUUGGCCAACUAUCGCCGUCAGCGCGGUCUACCAGCUGUCAGUGUUGACUUAGGUCUGAUGCUGGGAAUAGGCCUUAUUGCUGAAGAACGUGGCGGAACAACGAACUUGAAAAAAUGGGAAGCCGUAGGGAUCAACGAACAAGAAUUCCACGCCAUUAUGACAGCAGCCAUUGCAGAAAACAAAUCUCUCCCAGCACAGGUCAUAUGUGGUCUACCAACCGGUGGAAUCUUGCAAUCAGAGGACCUUGACAGGCCAUUCUACUUUGACGAUCCACGUUUUUCGUUCCUAAGAAAGAAAGAUGUUGAUGAAACACUGAAUAAGCAAGACGGAGAUGAUGCAGCAGAUUCGCCAUCGUUCCAAUUGAGCCGCGCAGAAUCGAUGCGAGACGCCAUUGAUAUCAUUACCACUGCUGUCUGUCAAAGACUAGCUCGUGGACUGCAGACUGCCGCUGAAAACAUUGAUGCCAACAAACCACUGCAUAGUUAUGGGGUUGAUUCCUUGAUGGCGGUAGAGAUUCGCACAUGGAUUACUGCCAAUCUCCAGGCGGACAUCAGUCUCUUUGAUAUUCUUAGUGGCGUGAGCGUUGCAGCCCUAGCGGCCAAGAUUGCUGUGAAGUCAAAGGUUCUUCCAGAUGGUAUCAACUGA